GCCCUGUUCUCUUUCUGGUCGGGCCGGCCGGUUCCGCGAGCGCCCGGCAGAGACCGAGGGGGAGAGAGAGAGAGAGAAAGAGGAGGGGAGGAGGAGGAUUCAGGGAGUAGGAGCUGGGGAGCCCUUCUGCGCCACAGAAAAUUUUCAAAGACUUGGUGAAGGAAGACUUUGUGGAUGAAGAAGACUUUUCUAAUAGGAAAACGAUCAAAAGCUGCAGCACUAUUAUACUGUAUUUGCUGCUUUUCCAGCAGCUUAGUUGAAGAAGAACUCUGCUGAUCUUUAUUUCCUGAUUCUUCUUUACUUCCAACUUCCAACUAAGACUUGUAUUUGGAGAUCUUUGUUGUACUGAGCCUGAGGAAUUCUUUGACACAUAACAAGAGCAUGCAUUUUCAAGUGUCAGUUAGAUUUGUGGAUCAAUAAAGUUCAUAUAAAAGGUAGUCACUUUUGCUGAUACCAUCCAGUUUUCAUAAUGUAUCAUUCCUUGUCUGAAACUAGACAUCCUCUGCAGCCAGAAGAACAAGAAGUGGGCAUUGACCCCUUGUCUAGCUACUCAAACAGGACUGGAGGCAACUCAAAUAAAAAUGGAAGAAGAACAAGUUCUACUUUAGAUUCUGAUGGGACUUUUAAUUCCUAUAGGAAAGAAUGGGAGGAACUCUUUGUAAACAACAAUUACUUGGCAACAAUAAGGCAGAAGGGGAUUAAUGGGCAGCUGAGAAGCAGCAGGUUCCGCAGCAUUUGCUGGAAGCUAUUUCUUUGUGUUCUUCCUCAAGAUAAAAAUCAGUGGAUAAGUAAAAUUAAAGAAUUAAGAGCAUGGUAUAGCAACAUCAAAGAAAUACACAUCACCAACCCGAGGAAGGUCGUUGGCCAGCAGGACCUGAUGAUCAAUAAUCCCCUUUCACAGGAUGAAGGGAGUCUUUGGAACAAGUUCUUCCAAGAUAAAGAACUCCGAUCAAUGAUUGAACAAGAUGUCACAAGAACGUUUCCUGAAAUGCAGUUUUUCCGACAAGAAAAUGUGAGAAAAAUUCUUACAGAUGUUCUUUUCUGUUAUGCUAGAGAAAACGAGCAGUUGCUUUAUAAACAGGGCAUGCAUGAGCUCUUAGCGCCUAUAGUCUUUAUCCUCCACUGUGACCACCAAGCUUUUCUUCAUGCCAGCGAGUCUGCUCAACCAAGUGAGGAAAUGAAAACGCUGUUGAACCCUGAGUAUCUGGAACAUGAUGCCUAUGCGAUGUUCUCACAACUUAUGGAAACUGCUGAACCUUGGUUUUCUACUUUCGAGCAUGAUAGUCAAAAGGGGAAAGAAACACUGCUGACUCCCAUCCCCUUUGCUAGACCACAGGACUUAGGGCCAACAAUUGCUAUUGUUACUAAAGUCAACCAAAUCCAGGAUCAUCUGCUGAAGAAGCAUGAUAUUGAGCUCUACAUGCACUUGAACAGACUAGAAAUUGCACCACAGAUAUAUGGGUUGCGGUGGGUACGGCUGCUGUUUGGGCGAGAGUUCCCCCUACAGGACCUUCUGGUGGUCUGGGAUGCCUUGUUCGCUGAUGGCCUCGGCCUGGGCUUAGUGGAUUACAUCUUCAUAGCCAUGUUACUCUACAUCCGAGAUGCUUUGAUCUCUAGUAACUACCAGACCUGUCUCGGCCUUCUGAUGCAUUACCCAGUGAUUGGGGAUGUACACUCACUGAUCCUUAAGGCUCUGUUCCUUCGAGAUCCAAAGAGAAAUCCAAGACCAGUGACUUAUCAGUUCCAUCCAAAUUUAGAUUAUUACAAAGCACGGGGAGCAGACCUUAUGAAUAAAAGCCGGACCAAUGCCAGAGGUGCUCCCCUGAAUAUAAAUAAGGUCUCCAAUAGCCUGAUUAAUUUUGGAAGGAAGUUGAUUUCUCCAGCAACAGCCCCAGGCAGUACCAGUGGCCCUGUUUCCGCAGGCAGCGGUGGCAGUUCCUCCACUGCUGUGGGUACCCCCAGAACCCUGGCAGAGAUCCCCCGGCAUCAUUUGCAGCAGCAGCAGCAGCAGCAGCAGCAGAGGCUGAUGAAAUCGGAAAGCAUGCCCGUGCAAUUGAACAAAGGUGAUGUAGUUACAGGAAGCAAUGCUCAGGUUUCUGUUCCUGUCCAGACUCUAACUGACCUCCAAGGACAAAGUUCUAAAAACAUCAGUUCAUCUCCAAGCAUUGAGAGUUUGCCUGGAGGAAGAGAAUUCACUGGCUCUCCACCUUUGUCUGCUACUAAAAAGGAUUCCUUCUUCAGCAACAUCUCCCGUUCCCGCUCACACAGCAAAACUAUGGGCAGAAAAGAGUCUGAAGAAGAAUUAGAAGCCCAAAUUUCCUUCCUUCAAGGACAGUUGAAUGACCUGGAUGCCAUGUGCAAAUACUGUGCGAAGGUGAUGGACACUCAUCUUGUAAAUAUUCAAGAUGUGAUAUUACAAGAAAAUUUGGAAAAAGAAGAUCAAAUUCUGGUUUCCCUGGCAGGAUUAAAACAGAUCAAAGACAUUCUCAAAGGUUCCCUGCGUUUCAACCAGAGCCAGCUGGAAGCCGAGGAGAAUGAGCAGAUCACCAUCUCAGACGACCACUACAGCGGUCAGGGCCAAGGCCAGGGCCAGAGUGGCCAGCUGCCCGGGGCCACCAAGCAGGCCUCUUCGGAAGUGCCCGGGCACGCGGAUGAAGGCAGCUCGGAGGACUUCAUCCUGGUUUCCAAAGAGGACGGGGGAGGCAGUGCCAGGGCGCCCCUCUCCAGCCAGGCCCAGCCGCUCCGCACCCUCAGAAGCACAUCUGGGAAGGGCGAGAGCCUGGCCCGCUUCCCGCUGGUGUUCUCCGACCCUCUGAUGGGCCCGGCCUCGGCCUCCUCCAGCAACCCCAGCUCCAGCCCCGACGACGACAGCAGCAGCAACAGCAAGGACUCCGGCUUCACCAUUGUGAGCCCCCUGGACAUCUGACACAGAGCCCCGCCGUCCCCCUCAGCAGCCUCAAGGCCCAGCUGAGGCCCCCCCAGUGGAGACCCCUCUGAAACCAGCGCUUCUUUCCCAGCAUGCAAUGUGGCAUCGAAGCCACCAUUCAGAACCUUCAGAGAAAAGCAAAUGAUGCCACAGAGCAUACAGACUGAUGGUCACCAAGACGCAGACAGGGCUUUAGGCUCUUCCCUAACCCCUGCCAUCCCCCUCCCUGAGGUAGAGCUGGGUUAAGGGUCCAGUUCCACACUGUUCUGUGCUCCCCAGCUAUGGUGUGGCAACUCCACCUGUUAUAACUGGAAGGAAGAAGAGUUGGUUUCCAGUCUCCCCUCCCUCAGAGCAUCCGGGAGAGAAAGAGGUUGAUAGCAAGGACACACUCUCUCUGGAAAGCUGUCUCGGCCGAGUUCCUUUCUCCUUUGGGCAGUCAUACAACAAAGCCCGAUGCAACAGAAAGGACCGGGGUUCCUGGGCUGGAAGAAAACAUUACUCACCUCUCAGUAGUUCUGGUGAUCUUUAGAAACUGGGUCUGAACUUAGGGCUCAGUUAGGUGCGGUGAGUUUAGGUUUUUUCAUUGUUAAAGGAUGCAUUUCCAGGCCUUAGUCCAGAUCCCUCUGGCCAUCCCUGCCCCUCCCCAAACAAUCAUGCUUCACCCAUGAAAACAAGGUCGCUGAGCCCCCUGGACAUCUGACACAGAGCCCCGCCAUCCCCCUCAGCAGCCUCGGAAGACGCUGAGCAGCCUGCCGGGGGGACUGGCUCUUCGGGCGUCUCCUCUGAGGUGGCGAGGCCUCUGGCAGUGGGUGCUUUCCUGGCAACAGGUGACGAGCUGCGUAUGAACGAACAGACACCCUCUCCAUCCCGCCACUGCGACCAUGGUUCCUCUACACCAGUGUGAUGGCAGGCCCUCCCACUCCUGCUCCAGAACAUGGUGGUGACUCGGGAGUCAGAGGGGCUCCUGAUUGGCUCUGCAGUUAGUUCUUAAACUCUAGCAGGGCCAUCUCCUAACACAUCAGCCUGCAGGGUGAGUGGUACUCCAGGUCUGAGAGGCGCUGGUGAACGCGGCCCGGCCCUGCGUGGUCCGCUCAACCCCUGUGCGGGGGACUCGCUGAGCAGGUUGCUGCCAGUGUGUCCCCUUGACACUUCCUGAGCUCGGAGGUCCCUCGGGGAGGGCCUGGCAGCUGUGCAGGGCCUGGCUAGGGAAGGUUCUAGAGUGCAGCGCUGUCCUCGCUGGGCCCAUGGAGCUGGCUGUCUCCUAGCGGCAGAGCAGGGUCGUCUGCUUACUCUCAGCCUUUCUUCUGCCUGAGAGCAGAGUGUCACUGGCCCCACAGUGGCCACCAGACACCACCCCUCCGAGGGGCUCUGGGCUGGUUCCUGCGUCAGGGUCCCUGAGACCUCAGCCCUGCCCGCAUGCAGGCGGGUCCUCCAUUCUGGGCUUCCAUGUCGGUGCCACCCGAGAGCCAUUGGGGACCCUCAGAGGCAUUGCUCCUGUGGCCCCAGCAAACUGCUCACACCUCAGAGGAAGGAAACCCUUGGGGAGGGGAGGUGCAGACAACAGCCACCCUCUAACUCCCAUAGGGUUAUGGGGUCUGAGACUCGAAUUACUCUUAUCUUUUUUAAGUGACUUGUUUUUAUUCUUCAUAAUUGAGCAUUGUUUGCAUUUUUAUUAGUUGCAGUGCUGUUAAAGAAUUUAUGUUCCUUUUUAUUCUUUUAUCAGGUACUUACGUGUAAUGGCACAAUUUUAAAAUCCCGAAUAUAUUUUUUUUUCUUUAACAAAUGUGAUAAUCAUUGGAACCCUCUUGUGUUUUGAUUAUCAGCAGUUAAAUUUUAUAUACGUAAAGCUUAGAUUAAUUCUCAUUGUCAUCUACCUUUUUUAUACAUGCCCCUCCCUGUGUUCAUGCAUUCCUCUCUGAUCAGUGUGGAAAUCUGAGUGAGAUUAUAUGUGUACCUUACCUGUGGAGUUUCAGCUUAGAGAAAGGAAGUCCUGAUGACCUUGCCUCACCUUGUGUGGCUGCCAAGGGGUCAUACAGCACUCUGAACUCUUAGUUAUACUGGAUUCUCCCAGAGACGGCCUCCUGCGAGUAUCCUCCGCUAAGGGCAGUGGUGAGAACGAAGGUGACUGACAGUAAACCCAGCCUCCCCUGCAUACCACUGAGUAGGAUCUCAUACAUCAUUGCGGGCAGUGGGGAGGGGGGGGGGGGGGGAAUUGUUCGCCAUUAACAAGAACUAGAUGGCAAACAGUUAUAAAAUUCUGUGGCAGUUCUGUUGUCUCCUAAUGAUAACCUGCCAGAAUUGACCCAAAUUUAUUCUUUUUGUUUCUAUUGUAUUGUUUCUUUAAAAAGCCACCCCAGGGAUCAUUACAGAACAAGAGUGGAUGGAGGACUUAUUCCCCCACGCGGAGUGGCUGUCCUGUGGAGCCCACCACGCAGCCGCGCCAUCCUCCUCCCGCUGAUGUGCAUCUGCCCUGGCCCCGCACAGGGCCCAGGGUCCGUGGGGCGGGAGAGGCGGCCGGGAUGAACUGGGGCUGCAGCUGGCAAGCCAGGCUUCCUUCUCUCAGGCCAAAACCCUUCCUCAGUAUUCCUUUCAGAAGCUCUCUUUUUAUAGUGUUAGAGUGAAAUAUAAGGUUCCUAUAAACAGGCUUGAACCACUUUGAUGUAAAAGUUGUCAUAAUAAUUUUCUCACAAUGGCACAAUUCGUUUGAUUUAUGGGUACUCAGCCGUGCCAUUUAUAUCUAUUGCUUUUUUCUCAUUCAUCUUUAUGCUAUAACUCAUACUGACUUAAGAAAUGACUUAUCCUGUUGGCAGAGUGAUCCCAUUCACUACGGUUAUAAUAAAAGGCUAAUGUGGAAUGAGAA